AUGAAAGACCACCCCGCAACAAGCCCACUACCAACCCUUGUCUUCAUGCCUCCUCAAUCACCCCGCGUUACUCCAAUUCCGAUUCCAGCUCCUGGGAAGCUGAUAGAGACUCCAAAUCUAGAGUCUACAGCCUCGGCGUUAGUACCAAAGUUUACACUUCCAAAACUACGCCUCGAAAUUCGUGACCUAAACCAUGAUGGAGCUCAGACCUUCCUCACUGCGGUGACUGCCAACAAGGCCCUCCAGAAAGCAGUUCAAAGCGUCCUUUUUCUCCUCUACCAAUCCCCAGACUCGCCCACAACCACUGUCCCUCCAACCCGGUCCGUCACACUCAUCAUGCGGUCAAUGCCUGGCGUUGCGUAUACAACGGGCAGUGACCUCGACGGCGACCACAAGGAAAUUCACUUCUCCCUCGAUUACAUCCACUCUUCAGUGAGCAAUGAUAGAAAGGCCCACGAGAUUAUGGGCGUCUUGACCCACGAGAUGGUUCACUGCUACCAAUACAAUGCCAAAGGAACGUGCCCUGGAGGACUUAUUGAAGGCAUAGCGGACUGGGUCAGAUUACACGCCGAUUUAAGCCCACCACACUGGAAGAAAGAAGCUACCGGGAAAUGGGAUGCUGGAUACCAACAUACUGGCUAUUUCUUGGAUUAUCUGGAGAAACGAUUUGGGGAAGGGCUAAUUCGCCGACUGAAUGAGAAGUUACGGAUUGAGAGGUACGAAGAGAAGAGGUUUUGGACGGAAUUAUGUGGACGACCAGUGGAGCAGCUAUGGGGUGAUUACGGGAAUGCUUUAGAGAAGGAAAAGAAGAAGGCGGAGGACGAUGAGUGCGUGCUUGUGGAUAGAGAAGAUGCAGCUGCGCCAACGAACAAGGAUGCCAAGGACAUCGAAACCACAGCUGGAAACUAG